CCCGAGGCCAUGGCGGGGUUCGCGCCCCUCGCGCUCCCUGGGGGUCGCGCGCGCCUUGGGGCCGUGAUGCCCGGCGCGCGCCCGCGGGGCUUCGCCAUCACUGAUCUACUGGGUCUGGAGGCCGAGGCGCCCACGGGACCGGGGCCAGGGUCAGGACACCGGAGUCCCCGCGCUGAGCUCCCGCCUGGUGUCCCGCGCGCCUUCUCGGACCCGCCGCCCGCCCCUGGCCGCCCGCAGCACAGCGACAGCGACUCCCCGUCGGAGGAGGACAGUCUGUCUGAAGACAAGAGUGACCCAAAGGUGUCCCCCGGCCUGGGCAAGAGGAAGAAGCGACGGCACAGGACAGUCUUUACUGCCCAGCAGCUGGAGGAACUGGAGAAGGCUUUCGGAGAGGCCCACUACCCCGACGUGUAUGCCCGGGAAAUGCUGGCUCUGAAAACCCAGCUCCCUGAAGACCGGAUACAGGUCUGGUUCCAGAACCGCAGGGCCAAGUGGCGCAAGCGAGAGAAGCGCUGGGGCGGCAGCAGCCUGAUGGCCGAGUAUGGGCUGUACGGGGCCCUGGUGCGGCACUGCCUCCCACUGCCCGGCGAGGCCCAGGGAGGUCCCCGGGGCUGCUGUGCGCCCUGGCUGCUGGGUAUGCAUAAAAAGUCUGUAGAGAUGAUAAGGAAGCCAGCCAGUGAGGACAAGCUGGCAGGCCUCUGGACCUCAGACCGCCUUCCCCAUGGUACCCAAGGAGGUUCAGACACCAUGGGGCCCGAGAACUCAGAGGUGGCCAUGGAUCUGUCUAGCUCUGCCCGGGAGGAGGCCAGGCAGAUGCAGCAGGGCUCUGAGGCUCAAGCAUGCUCCAAUCCUGAAGGGCUGCAGGGGUUUCGGCCAGGCAAGGUGGGAGCCUUAUGAGACCCACAGGCCCCACCCACAAAGACUGGAGACAUCGAUGUUUUUCAAAGGGAAAAAGGGGUCCAGGACAGACACCCUUCAUUAAUUUUCUUCUCAUGAUAUCAGGAUAAAUUAUAGUGCCGACUGCCGUGAGAGGACAGAUGGCUAACUUGGGGACAGCUCCACUUCAUUCUAGAGCAGAAACUGUUCCAGAGGGACUGGGGUGAGAUCUGAUUCUGCUUUGUAGAACCCAAAUGGGGAACCUGAAGUUCAGAGGAUGGUCACAGUUGGUGCCACUCAAGAGGUGGCUCCUUUGUGGACUAGCAGCAGGUCCGAUGUCCUCACCCUGAAUUAGGAAAUGUAAGUUCUUUAACUUCCAGUGAAAUUGGUGGCUUUACAGUGGCCAUUCCACACAGACACGAGAGUGAAUUCUAGUGUCUUCUUCCUGACUUUGGACAUUUUGUCUGGGGUCUGGCAGCAACUGUGAUCAGAGUGCCCUGGGCUAGGUGUGUGUGUUGGAGCUCAUGUCAGCAAGGAAGCCUCCUCACCAACGGUUCAAACAGCACAGGCUGUUUGAGUGUACUUUAGUGACCUGGGUUUCAUGACUGUUUCCUUUCCUGCAUUUCUUUUGCUUCUUAUUUAUUAUUUAAAAAUAAACAUUGUGUGUGUGCUACACAAGGCCCUCCAUCAUUAGACAUGCACCCUGGGAGCACAGGUUGCCUGAGGCUGUCCCUCCUGUACCUCUCCUGUGCAAGGGCCCAUAGUAUCUGUCCUCUGCCACACUCACGGGGUGGCUCUGCAAAUGCCCGAGAGUAGCUCUGCCUGGCUCAUGGCAUCCAGCUUGGAGGUCAAGCUAAAUGGAGGCCCAGGCACCGGGGAGACUGAUGCUCACGGACAGGACCCAUUGGCCAGGCUGUGCCCUCCCACAUCCUGGGCCAAGAUGCCACAGCCUCUUCUUUUGCUCUGUUUUAUCAUUCUGAGUCAGUCCUGUGUUGCUGUGGACUUAAUGUCCCCAGUUCCUGCUGCAGGGACAGCCAAUCUGUAUGCUUUUCUCCUCUAGCUCCUGGACGUCACACUAAGCCAAGCCCGAGCCUCCACCUGGCCUGGCCAGUGUGUAGCCCUCUGCCUGGGUAUCUUCUGCAUCCUGCGGGUUCCCUGACCCUUGGAGCUCUUCCCUGGGAUCCGCCCAGGCCUGGGAUCAGAGUGGAAGCCUAAAACUCAGGCAACUCACACACAGCCACUCAGGUAGCAAUGUCCUGUGCAGCCACAGAGCGCACUAACAGCAGCACGUCUGUCCACCCAGAAAUGUGUUUACAGAGCGCUGAGAGUGAAGAAAGUCCAUAAAGGAAGGAGAGGAGUGGAAUGAAGCCAAUGAAAAUGAAACAAAUACCCUUGAUAACUGGCUCUGCAUAAAAUACAUGUAAAUAAUAGAAACAUUUCAGUUACCAGUAUUGGGGUGCUGAGGAUGCCAAGCCACAUCUUCUAAGGCCUUUGGAUCCUGAACAAAAAACUGGUCACAACAAGAACAAAAGGUAACGAAGUUUUAAAUUCAUUAAAUGUGCUAAAGGCAGAAAGAGAAAUAAGUUCUGCAGAAUGAACACAGGCCAUAGAAGCAGGGAAAGGAGUCUCCUGCAGAGAGCCUUCAGUGAAAAGGCUGACCGCCACAUCGGGCCUGGAAAACCUGCCCGCUUCGCCCUCUGGAGAAGGUUCUAGGGCAGCAGCACAGCUCCUGGAUUUCUGCCAGACCUCACCCACUUGCCAGGAUUUGCCUCAUUUCUAUGCAGUGUUAUAAAGAAAAGGAGAAACAAGAAGUGGCAAAAGGAAGAAGGGUACAGCAAUUAAUGUAAACUGUUUUUGGAGCCAGCAUCUUGCUAGGUUGCCCAGGCGGGGCUCAAACUCACGGGCUCAAGUGAUCAUCCUGCCUCAGCCUCCUGAGUAGCUGGGAUGGCUGGUGUGUGCCACAGUGUCUGACAGCUAAGACUACUCAAAGGAUAUAAGAAAGCACUACUAGUCACUAAAAUGUUCAUUAAUAUGCUUUUAAAAAAUCUGCAUUCUAGCCCACAGGUCUCCUAGGGAGAAAAAAAUCCAGCCAAGCCAAAAAAAAAAAAAAAAAAAAAAAAACCAGCAAAACAAGGCAAUACCCCUAUAACUAGAUACAUUUUCUGAAAAAUAUACACAUUACUGACAUUGACUCUAUGAAAUAUAAAUACAUAAAAACAUGAAAUAUAAAAGAUCAGUAACCAAGAUAGUUUUAAAAAAAACCAUUAUACUACAAAAUAACUAGAGAGAGCUACAUGCAAAUUCUUGAAAGCAAAUUAAAAAAUCAUUUUAUGGUACACAAGUUGUUCUCAAACCUAGAAGGCAGAAGUAUGCCCAAUCUGACCUCAUUCUAAUUCCAAAACCCACAAAUGCCCUCCAUCCUGGGUCCCGAGCUCCAUUUAGCACCAUAAUGGCAAUGUGAAAUUCUUAAAAAAACCCAGCAUUCAGAAGUCAGUAUACCAAGUAUAUUUAGCCUUUACCAUCAAACCAAGUAUACUUAGCCUUUAAAGUUCUACCCCAUCAGGGUCACCUGGACUGAACCGGGUUUUAUUAAUUGGUGAGGAGGGAGUGGCUUGGUGAUGAGUGACUGUGAGAGUGGCGGGAAGUACGUGAGUGCUGGGAGUGGGGCUGGGUAGGAGGGGAGACAGCAUCUCUGCAAUAGGCAGAGACAGGUGAGCAGAAAGAGCACCAGAUUCCCGUGAGGUGACAGCCUCAAGAUUGGAGGAACCUGCGUAGCACAGUGUGAGGAAGAGUCUUGUGUCGCUUUUUCAGUUUUGAUGACUGGCCCUCCUGCCCUGAGAUGUCACCGGCUUUCUUGAGCCUCAGUUCCAGCUGACAAAGUGGCAUUUUGGGGCCUUGCUUACACUUAGUAGUGGGAGCUCUAGGUGGGCAUUGCUGACCUGUCGCAUUGCUUCCAGGGCUACACAGCACACCUUGGCCAGAUCCAUGGGCACUGCUUAAAGCCAGGUGAGGGGGCACAGUAUUUUCCUAGCCAGCUCUGCGUGUGUCAGGGCAUGGAAAUGAGGCAAGGUGAGCCAGCAUGGAGACAAAGGAUCUUCUUUCAAGGAGAGUCCCUGCUGUCUUCCACAGUUUCCCCUUCCUUGUAUUUUUUAAAUUUUAUUUAAAGAAAGACUAAGAAAACAGAAAAUAGGUACAAAUAAUACAUACGCUCAGAGAAAAAAUAAACAGUAAGAAAUCACAAGUUGAUGUUUACAUAUUGUCAUUUUACAAGUAGUUGUUCAAGGUACAAGAGUGAAAUAUGUAAAGUGAGAAUUCAAACAGCACUCUGCAAACCAUUCUGUUCAACUGUCCAACAAAAACUUAGUAACAUGGUUGUCAAUCCUAUGCACUUAAACAUACAUGCAGUUAUCCAUAUCUUCAUUUAUGUUUAGAUUAAAGAAACUAAAGCAGGUUAAAAUCAUUCUGAACAAACAAUAAUAGUAUUGCUGGGUUUCACAUCAUGACACUCUGGGAUCAGCACUGGGUACUGGAGUGUCUUAUUUUUUAAAUUUAAUUUAAAGAAAGACUAAUCAAAACAGAAAAUGAGUAGAAAUAAUACAUAAUUUCAAAGAAAAAAUAAGCAGUAAGAAAUCACUAGUUGAUGAUUACAGAUUGUCUUCUUACAAAUAGUUAUUCAAGAUACUAAAGUGGAGCUGAUAAAGUGGGGAUUCAAACAGUGAGACUGCAACCAGUUCUGUUCAACUAUCCAACAAAAACUUAGAAAUAUGGUUAUCAAUCCUAUACACUUAAACAUACGUGCAGUUAUCCAUGUCUUCAAUUAUGUUGACAUUGAAUAAACUCAAGCAGGCUAAUAUCACUCUGAACAAAGAAUAAUACUAUUGCUGGGUUUCACAUUAUGACACUUCAGGAUCAGCACUGGGUAUUUUAGUAUCUCUUUUUCUUCAAAGUAUCUGUUCAUUUCAUCAUGUGUCAUAAGAUCUGUUCUCAUAAACUGUUUACAGAUUCUACAAGUGCAUGAGUCUUAACAUGUAUUUCUAUCCUUUCUAUAUUAGAGGGAGAAACAAAACAAAGCAUGGCAAAACAAAGCAUAUUCCUAUGAACACAUGAAAUGAAAAAAAAACAUAUAAGACCAUUGUACAAGGAGUUCUACUAUUGUUCCUGUGUUGUCUCUUGUUAUCUCCAAUAGAAUUGGCUAUAUCAUCAGAUAUAGUAUAAUUGAAUAUAUCAGUACAUAACAAGAUUAAUAAAAAUACAACUUUGUAUAUAGUAUAGAACUUAAAAAACCAGCAGUUAUCAAACCAGAGUGUGUAUCGUAGAGUCGUGUCAUCUUCAGUGUAGUUGUCUAUACUCUCAGACUUGAUACUAUCAAUCAUACCAGUUUUGAAUAAAAUCUUCUCUACCUCA